AUGGUCGGAGAAAGCUUCCCAGUUCUUCCAGCUUGGUUCUUCUACAUCUACCACGUCAUCGGUGGUUGGAUCAUUGGGCGUACCGUUACAUUUUGUCCACACCCGAUCCCAGUCCUGACUGUGGCCUUUGGUAUCCAGGGUCUGAUCGAACAUUAUGCUGACAAGUUCCCCACAGUUGCAAAGUUGAACGCACCAUUAACACUGGUGCUCCUGGGGUUCCUCGGCUAUUGGUUGUACACUCUGUUCGCCAUCAGCACAGCACCGCAUUGGGUUCUUUGGGCCGCCAUCGCCAUCUAUCUUGCCGUUGUGGGUAUCGCAAAGACUAUGGAGCUUGGAUUUCCGAAGGACACAGUUGAAGAGCAGGUUUCGGCCCUCAAGGACCCGAACUACAACUUUUGGCACUUUUGGCUCCACAACUUCUUCACGGCUUUCUUCCUCUUCCUGUCGGCCACUUGCCCAGGCGUCUUCCCGAAGGAUGCAUUGAUUGACUUUGGCGGGACGGCUCUUGCAGAGGUACGCGAACAAGAUACGGAGCUCCCCUCGGCACACAUGGUUGUGUUGUUCGGUGUAUGCCUCAUGUCCUUUGCCGUGGGCGUCGGGAUCGGAGGCCGAUGGUGCCUUCGGCGUGACGUCGCACAGGUCGAUGCCACUUCUCUUCUUGUGGCGUGA